GAUUUUUGUAGUAGGCCUAAUAAUUAGAACUCAAAAAGUACAACACAGAAUCGAUCAGAAUUAAGACGAAAACUACAUAUCGACAACACAAUUCACAUUCAACAAAUUCUAAAUAAUUUUUACAAUGAGCAGUGGUUCAGGUAAAGAAGAAGACGAAGAAUGUGAAGAGAGUUCUGAAGAAGGAGACAGUAGUGACGAAGAAGAAAAUGGCCCAGAAUCAGAGAGUAGUGACACUGAUGAGAAAAUGGAUUUUCAAGAACCUGAUGAGAUGCAACAUGAAGAACGUCGUAAUCAAAGUCCCGCCGCAGUCCGUAAAUCACUUAGUAGAGCAGGAAGAAUCCUGCAAGUGGAUUAUGCCAAUAUUUGUGCAUCCAAUGGUGAACCAACUGUGGGAAUUAUAGCCGAAAAUGGCGUCGUCAUUGUAAGCGAGAAGAAACUAAGCAAUAGCCUGAUUGAAAGUGAUUCCGUAUUUAAAAUGGCAAAACUAAACGAAUGUCUUGGAAUGGUCUAUUCCGGUAUUGAAGCUGACUUUCGACAGUUGUCUAGGCUGGCUACGAAGAUAGCAACAGGAUAUAUGGUGGCUCAUGAUGACACAAUACCGCUAAAAGUAUUACUGCAAGAGCUAGGUGCCAAUAUACAGCAAUAUACACAGUCUAGUGCUGUGCGACCUUUUGGUAUUGCACUUCUAAUUGCCGGCUGGCAAAGAAAUCGUGCCCAUCUCUAUAAGAUGACUUGUACCGGUAGCUUUGAGGCCCUUAAGGCCGUUGCUAUUGGUCGCAAUGCCGAGGCAUCUAAUGCUUAUCUGAAAGAACAUCAUUCUGAAGCGAUUGUCUUGGAAUCUGCCAUUUCUCUGGCCCUCCAGACCAUCAAGUUGUCCUGUGCUAAUAAUUCAAUCGCUGCUCAUCAAAUGGCCGUUGGCAUUUCCGAUUCUAACGGCUUUAAGAUUCUGACAGACUUCGAAGUCGGCCUCUUAUUGGCGCAGUUGAGAUAGAUUCUUUGAUAGCACCCAAAUCAUGAAAUCGUAAAUUUAUCUUCUAGUUUUUGUAAAUCAAUAAAGUAUCAGUGUUCGUAAACUAGA